AUGAUAAGUUACUUGUCUCAGGCUAAGCUGAGCAUGCGCCCUGGAGAGAGAAUCAGCUCCCAGCGCGUUUGUGGUGCGGAAUGCGUCUACCGUUUAGGCAAUGACGCAUCCGGAGUGCUGGACCUUGUUAAGACCCUCCUGGUCGACGAGGAUGUCCUCGAUAUCUUCUACAGAGGAGGCCACGGGCUCGUCAACCGGAACGGGAGAAGUGAUGACGAAGAAGGCGUCCAUGUCGGUCUGGGUGUGCUUGCGAAGAUGUACAGAAGGUAG